AUCGUUCAAUCAUGCGAUCAUCGAUCGUCAAAUUAGCAAAGACAGCUGCAACCCGAAAUAAUCGUGCGAAACUUUAUUAAAUUGUUGAUGUUUAAAGAAAAUCAUGUAUAAGUGCAAGCUUGUCGUUGUUGGUUAUCUGCGCCCAGCAAAGUUAGUCAUGUCAAGAUCUUUAUCAACGCAGACUGCUUUGGAAGGUUCAGCAAGGGUCGUCUCGAAAACGCAUCUAAAAACUGGUGACCCUCUGCCAGAGUUAAGAGCUGGUUUUCCAUGGCUGUUUAGCGCCAAAUUAUCUCCGUUUUCUCAUCGGGUUCGCUUGGUUUUUGCAACAAAAGGAAUCAGCUACGAUGAGAUCAACUGCAACUUGGGGACCAAGCCCGAGUUCCUUGUGGAGCGCAACCCCAGCGGGAAAGUCCCCGUGUUGGAAAUUAAUGGGAAAGUGAUCACCGAGUCGAGAGUCAUCAGUGAGUUGAUCGAGGAAUUGUAUCCAGAUCCCCCACUCUACCCGAAGGAUCCGUUUGACAAAGCACAGGACAGAGUGAUCGUGGAAAUGUACACAUCCAAGGUCCAGAACCCAAUGAUGAAAGCUAUAUUUACAGGGGAUAUGAAGGCCGCUGGUAAACUCAUGGAUGGCCUGGGAUUCAUUGAAAGGGAACUUGUUAAGAGAGGGACCCCUUUUUUUGGUGGGCAAGAGCCCGGAAUGGUGGACCUGAUGAUCUGGCCUUUCAAUGAGCGUUUGGUAAGCUUUGAUCCACUCUACGAUUUAGGCAAAGCACAACUUCCAAACUUGGUGGAUUACGUCAAUCGCAUGGAGAGCACACCUGCCGUCAAAGCCACCGCAAGCCCAAAGGAAAUGUACCUCAAAAUCUUCAAAGGACUGGCUCAAAGCGAUCAGUAUGAUUAUGAAACCUUCUCAUCAAAGCUGUGAUGUGUACAGAAAUAAAUUGUGUUUGGAGAGAAAUUAUGAAUUUUAUAUCAAAAACUUGAUGAUUUUUUUUUUAUAUAUUAUGUUCAUGUCGUUUAACUUUUCAACAUUAGUCUGAUGUAAUUUGAUACUGUUGAAAUUGUAAAACCAGUUUUGCAAUGUAUAUAUUUUGUGUUUAGAACUUAUUGCCAAAAUUGAAAUGUUUUAACUCGAUCUUAUUUUCAGAAGUCUAUUUAAAUUAUCAAAAAAUGUACUGCCAAUUUAAAAGAAAAACAAAUGAGGUUGCAUUACAUCCUUUUUUGGACAGAAUUAUUUACCAAGUCUUGUGAGAGUUCGUGUACAACUUUUGCUGCAGAUAUUUACAAUGUAAAGCAUUCACUCCACCAAGGUCUCUUAUUUGAAGAAUUUACACUUACUCAAACUGAGCAGGAAUCUGCAACUUUAGUCUUGGUUUGAAAAGUCAAUUGUUAGGCCAAGUAAAAAAAAAAUUGUUUGUAGUCCGGGCUUUAAAAAAAAAUGGAGGAGAAAGGGGCUUUUUGUUUCCUGUUUUCCCCCCGUGGUAGCGGAUUUUGAAUCUUUUGAUGGUACAAAACUGUGUUUUUACACAGUUCAAAUAUUAUUAGAAAAACAUAAACAGACAAUAUUGGCAAUAUGCAGUAAUUGCAAAUGUAUGAAUUAAAAAAAAAAAAAGAUUUUUUUUUUUCUUUUUUUCGUGGCCUUACAUUGUUUAGUAGUGAAUUAAAAUACCCAUGUAGAGUGACAUUGAAUAUGAAAAUGUAAUACUUUAUUUGAGUCCAUUGGUCUUUAGGAAGUUGACAGUGGAGAUAAUGUAAUAAAUUAAAUCCAUAAUGAA